AUGGCUACGAAGCAAAUUUCGCGUUUGUUAGACAAAGUAGCUAUUGUCACUGCUUCAACAGACGGAAUUGGUUAUGCUAUAGCAAAACGAUUGGCAAGCGAAGGAGCUAAAGUAGUCGUUAGUAGCAGAAAAAAAGAGAACGUUACAAAAGCUAUUAAACAACUGGAAAAGGAUAAAUUACAAGUUUUUGGAACUAGUUGUCAUGUUGGUAACAGUGAUGAUAGAACACGUUUGUUUAAAGAAACAAUUGACAAAUAUGGACGAUUAGAUAUUUUAGUCGCAAACGCUGGCAUAUCGCCAUAUGUAGGAUCUCUUUUAGAGACAUCCGAAUCCGUAUGGGAUAAAGUAUUUGAAAUUAAUGUUAAGUCAACAUUUUUCCUGAUUAAAGAAGCCGUACCCUAUCUUGAAAAACAAAAAGAUAGUUCGAUUAUUAUUGUUUCAUCUAUUGCCGGUUACAUGCCAUUCGAUGUUCUUGGAGCUUACUCCAUAAGUAAAACAACGUUACUUGGUAUGACAAAAGCGUUGUCGACAUCAUGUGCCACGAAAGGAAUUAGAGUGAAUUGUAUUGCACCAGGCAUUAUAAAAACAAAAUUUAGUCGCACAUUGUGGGAUGACGGCAGUAAUAACACGUCUGAUACAACAGAGACUGAACAAUGUGCACUGAGACGCGUUGGAACAGCCGAUGAAUGUGCAGGAACAGUUGCUUUUCUAGCGAGUAACGAUGCAUCUUACAUUACAGGUGAAACAAUUACAAUUACCGGAGGAAUGCAAAAAUCCAUUAUGCCGUAUAAACUAUCUAAACUUGGUAGUUGUCAAGUUUGUUACGAUUAUGAUGGUGGUCAACAAGAAAAUCAAUGCGGUUGUUGUGGUCUGUGGUUAUGUUUAAAACAUAGUGUUGAACAUCAACAGUUUUGUACAGAAUCAUCUCCUCUAAUAUCAAAUGCAAAAUUUAAGCUUAAACUUUUGAAUGAACAAUUACCUGUAAAUGAAUAUCCAUUAAGCACAAAAUUUGGCGUAGGAAUGUGUGCGUCCGAUCAACAUAUAUUAGUUUAUGAACAUCCAUCUGUACUAGUUUUGUUCAAUAAACAUACACAAAUAAGUCGAAUAGAAAUGGAUGAUUUGGAUUGUGUUGAAGAUAUUAGUUGGUGUGUAUCGAUGAAUGUAUUUCUAGUAUUAUGCGCAAAAUCAUUGUCUAUAUUUAAUCCAGUUACAUUCGAAUUUAACGUAAUUAAACAUGUUAAACCAUUCAAUGAUGGUGAUUUUUAUUCGAUAACUAAUUAUCAGAAUGAGCUUUACAUCAGUUAUGUAAAAAAUAUAUUUGUUGAACACCGGUCAUUACCAUCAUUUACAUUAUUAUCACGAGUUGAAAAUAAACAGUUAUUAGUUGAUUUAUAUUUCGAGCACACUGCAGAAGAUCAACGAGGUCGUGCUGGUAUUCCACAAAAUUAUAAGUAUCCACCUGUAAAUCAUAAUAAAAGUCUCCGUGUUGAUGAAUAUCCUCUGUUAGAUUGCGAUGAUUCUGACAAUGAUUGUUACUUACAAUAUUAUAAUAGUAUUAGAUCUACUAACACUGAUAAAGAAAGUGAUAUUGUUCAGAUUGGAUGUAUUCGAAAUAAUGGCCGAUCAAUUGCAGCAACGAUUAAGCACAAUAGUAUGUGGACAGUUUCAUUGUUUGACGGAAAAUUGCAUCAAACAUAUUGGGGAGCAUCGCUUGGCGGACAUGAAACAGAUUCCGGAUCAUGUAUGUUAACAUCGCUCUUUAACACAAAUGACUGGUUAGUUUUAAAUAGUUGUAUUACACCAUCACUUUUAUCAUUAUUGGAUGAAACAGGACAGUUAAAGCAACGAAUUACGGUUAACGCGUGGAAUCUGUGCUGUUUGGGUACAAAAUAUUUGGUUUUACGAGAUGAUGAUUGUUUAAGAUUAUAUCGAAUAGAAAUUAAUAAUGAUACGAACAGUGAUAGUGACUGA